UGAAAGUGCAAUGGCGAUAUUGGACAAUAACAGCCGUCGCUUUUGGGGCACCACAUCUAAAUUAUGUGGCUAACGUUGAAGAAAACUCCUCCAGUCGGCUGCGAAACCACAAAUAAUAUCGGCACACUGCGCGAGCGACUACCUGCGACCAGGAAGGGUGAUAUCACAGCCUCUGCACGCGAUGACAGUUUAGACUGAAAAAGCCGCUGGUGUGACGUGUGAACAGACACCAUGGCCACACAGGAGCCGUCCCCUCCCUCGUCCAUGGAGAGCAAUAAGCCCGGCUUCCCCAAGAAGAUCCUGGGCAACAAGCUGGAGGACAAGCACCUGUGCAACUGCUGCCACAACAUACUCCGACGACCGUUUCAAGCCCAGUGUGGACAUCGCUUCUGUUCCUACUGCUUCAACAGGACCGUGAGUAAUGGACCCCAGAAAUGCAGCGCCUGCAUUAAAGAGGAGAUCUUUGAGGAUCCUACGUCGAUUUUGAAACAAGGAUGUGCUUUUCCUGACAAUGCAGUUCGAAGGGAAGUUGAAAACCUUUCAGCUAUUUGUAUCAAUGAAAAUUGCACUUGGAAAGGCAGUAUUAAAGAGUAUGAGUUAAACCACGAAGGGAAGUGUGAGUUCAUGAUCAUCCCCUGCCCCUCCUGUAAAGAACGAAUCCGCUUCAAUGAACAGGAGCGCCAUAAUGAGCGAGAGUGCCCGGAGAGAACACUCAACUGCAAGUACUGCAAGGAGCCAUUUCACUUCAAAAACAUCAAGGCACAUGAUGAGAUCUGUCCCAAGUACCCGAUGAUCUGUGAAGGCUGUGCCAAGAAGAAAAUACCCAGAGAAAAGUAUGUGGACCACAUUAAGUUCUGCAGCAAAUUCAGAACUCCGUGUCGAUUUCAUGUCGUGGGAUGUGAUAUGUCUGUGGAAAAGGAAAAGAUUCAUGACCAUGAGCGUGCCUAUGCCUACGAGCACCUCAAUCUGUUGCUGCACUACAUUAUGGGCAUGAAAGUGAGCAUGGAGGGCCUGCAGCCCCAGGGACUGGAAAUAGCCGGACACAAACUGGUGGAACUCCAACAGUCUCUCAGGGAGCUCGAGGCCAGAGUCUCCCAGCUCAGCACCACCUCCUCUGGGCCUCCCGUGCAGGGAGCCGCCGCCGCCGCCGCCGCCUCCUCCUCAUCCUCCAGCUCCGGUCCCCCUGGUCCACCGGCUUCAGCUCCUCUCCCUCCACCACCCACUCUGGCUCCCACUCUGUCUGUGUCUACCUCCUUCACGCCUCUGCCCAGCUCGGUGGGUGCGGCGCUAGAGCUCCAGCUCCACAGCGAGAAGACCAAGGUGGUGGAGCUGGGUCGCAGGUGUACGGAGCUCGAAGUUAAAUCCGGCACGUUUGAAAAUGUGGUGUGUGUCCUGAACAGAGAGGUGGAGAGGUUUGCCACCACCAUGGAGGCCAGCAACCGUCAGCACAAGCUGGACCAGGACAAGAUCGAGGCUCUGAGUAACAAGGUGCGACAGCUGGAGAGGACAGUGGGGCUGAAGGACCUAACAGUGGCUGAGAUGGAGGGCCGGCUGAGGGAAAUGUCUGCUACAACCUUUGAUGGCGUCUUUGUCUGGAGGAUCUCUGAUUUCGCCAAAAAGAGACAGGAUGCCAUCGCAGGUCGAGCCCCUGCCAUGUUUUCACCAGCCUUCUAUACCAGUAAGUACGGCUAUAAGAUGUGUCUGCGGAUCUAUCUGAAUGGAGAUGGGACAGGGCGUGGCAGCCACUUGUCCUUGUUCUUUGUGGUGAUGAGGGGACUGAGUGACGCUCUGCUCAAAUGGCCUUUCAACCAGAAGGUGACUCUGAUGCUGCUGGACCAGAGCAACAGGGAGCACAUCAUUGACGCAUUUCGACCUGAUGUCACUUCCUCUUCCUUCCAGCGACCGGUGAGCGAGAUGAACAUCGCCAGCGGCUGUCCGCUCUUCUGCCCGCUCUCCAAGCUCGACGCCAAGAACUCGUACAUCCGCGACGACACAAUCUUCAUCAAGGCGAUCGUGGACCUCACCGGCCUCUAGACGGCCCCACAGGGUGGUACGGUUUGGCAAACCACGCAGCUCUUUGACCAUUAAGGCUUCAUUUUGGCUCAAUCGUGGUCCCUUUAGGGCUCUGUUCAGGUAACUUACUGUCCCCUGCAGCUUUAGGGAGACAAACAUGCUUGCAACUGUGUGCUGCAUGUGGCUGCAGUUUGCUCUGUCCAGACGGCGUUGGCAUUGUCAUAUCCUGGUGAUCUCUAUGCGAGAAACCACCGACACUGCUUUACAUUUUGGGUACAAACGCCUUUUUUCUUUUGACGUUACAGCACGGCUCCCAUGGUGGAUCAAAUGUCACUUGUGUUGUGCACAUAAGUUUUCAGUUAAAGGACACAGAGGCGAGCGCCAGUGCGUUGUGGUCAGUGCAGUGCUGAGUAGAAGCAGAGAUGUCAAAGUGAACAGAUGUGAUGGAGUGAAAAAGAGUGAAUGGCAUCUUUUUUUUAUCUCCUACGUUUGAAGGGAUUUUACAGAACAUGCAGACCGUGUUGGAACGGGGUUGUAGAUUAUAGAUACAGCGUCACAACACCGCUCCCAUGGUGGAUCAAAUGUCACUUGAGUUGUGCACAUAAGUUUUCAGUUAAAGGACACAGAGGCGAGCGCCAGUGCAGCGUGGUCAGUGCAGUGCUGAGUAGAAGCAGAGAUGUCAAAGUUGUGAUGGAGUGAAAAAGGGUGAAUUGCAUCUCUUUUUUUAUCUCCUACGUUUGAAGGGAUGUUACAGAACAUGCAGACUGUGUUAGAACGGGGUUGUAGAUUAUAGAUAGAUAGAUUGAUGUGAUCAUUCUGAUGACUUAUAAUAGAGUUAGAGCAUGGCUUGAUGCAGUUUUUGCUUUUUUCUUGCAGAUUGUGGAUAUUGUGAGCUUCUCAAUUCCAGUGUCGAGUGAAUUUGCAUAGACAAACGUGGAGUUAUGUUAUGAAUAAGAUUACAGGCAUUACUUUGCCUUUUUUUUGCGCAAAGUGCAUGCCGCUGGCCUUUUAAGUAUAAAAUGGCUCCUUAUUUCGACUGAGCUUUAUGAAAGGUUCCUCGUUUGUAGUUAAACUUGUUAGUGAAUUAGCCAUCCGUGAUGGUGGAAAUUGCCUGCAUGUCUUUGGAACCAGGCUAUUUACAUGUAAAGUUAGUGUUGCGUAUUUGUUCCUAUUAGGGGUUGGUGGUUCUGAUUGGUGGUUUGGUACAUCUGUGGAAGAUACAGUGGAGUUACCAAGGAGUCAGGGCAGCUUGCCAGUCAAGCCUGAGGCAUAAAACUCUGACAAACAUACAUAGCGGGAGUUUUCCCCUCAGGAUAUGCUCACUAGCUCACAUCUCAACACAUAGUACUGUGCCCCCACCACAGACUGAGGUCAACACAGAUUCCACAAAAUGAAGGAAUUGUUUGUUCCUUGUUUUCUGUCCAUACAAUGUAUGUGUUUCUGCUGCUCUUAAGAUAGAAUACUGAUGUGAAUCUAAUAUAUAUAUAUAUAUAUAUGUUGGUGCAAAUAUACAUGAGGUAAAUGUGUAUGGAGGCUGAAAUAAGAAAUGAAAGCAGAGACUGUAAUACUUUGUUGUAGGUCACGGGCCAUUAUUGACAUGUUCAGUGCAGCCCCAGAUAACUCUUCAGUGUUUGAAAUGUGCUCUCACUGAUUUCCAAUAAGGCACAACAAAAAUCAACAUAUCUGUUUAAACAUGUAAUUUUUCUUCAUGUCCACCAGAGAUUGCUGUUCUACUUACUUAGCAUGCAUGCUGAGGUUUUUAAGGUUCACGCUGGCCUGUUUGAAAACCAGUCUCGACCUGUAUUGAAACCUCUCUGUGCAUGGGAGGCUUCAAUUGGAUAUGGAGCUUCACAUUGGUCAACUCUGUGAGCCAAGUGUGAACGCAUUUAUUUGUAUUUGUUUGGAUCAAAAUAAUCAUAGAAUAGUUAUUAUGUUAUAUCUGGCAGUGCGUCUGUUCAACAGAAGCAGCUGCCUAUAUUAAUAGCAAUUUAUAAAUAUGUAUCUUUCAUAUCAUAAUGUUGAGAUAAUCUAUAUCAAUGUUAAUAUACACAAUAUGUUAUAAUAAACAUAGUAUUACUGAAUACCUUAUUAAUUCUAUAUCUAUAUACCAACUUUUCCUUUGUCAAGAUGGUUUGAACAGGCCAGGACGACCCCCUUUGUGCAGUAAGGACUUGUGAUUCCUUCUAGAGUGCAAUAUAUGAUUAUGUCUGUUAGAUUUUGAGGACACGUUGGCUUUAAAGGUUUACAGAGGUCAUACUCGACUUAUUUGUUUACAUCAAUCAUGAUGGCGCUGAAGAAGUGCAUCCAAUUUUUAACUUUUCAAGGAAAAAAAAAGUGCUUUCCUUGUCAUUAAGCAUAGUUGAUAUCACUAGGAAUUUGUAGUCCGGAGCUAAUCAUGAAGCUGAAAGACCAUUUUAAUGUUGAGGGAGUCAUGCUAUUAGUGGGUUUCUAUUCUUAACUUUACAAAAAAACUUCAAUGAAGACUGAGCAUGUAUUAAGUAGGAUGGACAUGAACUUUUUUAAGUGUUCUUGUAAUGUGCCAAAAUCAAAUAUUACCUCUGUAUACUAACAAUGUUGUUUUUUGCAAGUUAUAUUUUAUGUUCUAUGCUAAAAUAUGGUGCCAAAUAUGUUUAUAAUUCAGUUUGUGCUGCGUGUGUGUGCCAUUUUAUGAUAUAUGAUGCAUGGGUCACUACUUCUGUAAGCACCAGGAGAUAAUGAAUACUGUCCCAUUAAUAUAAACCACCCCAAGGUUUUUUGAAUGUAAGCUUUAAUACUUUUAUUCAAAAACAAAACAGCAGUUCUGUAAAUGUGAUGCAGUUGACUUGAACCAACUUUAUUCGUGCACUUUGUAUUGGUUGUUUGUCCAAACAGGGUAUUUCAUUGAGUGAUGUAUGUACCUUUAAAUCAGAGCCAUAUCUAUACUGUAUAUAUAUACAUAUCUAUACUGUCUAAUGUUGAUAAUAUUGAUGUUUUAUGCUAAA